ACUGUGGUGUCCCCUUAUGAUUUCUUGGCUGACAGGUGCUGACAAAACGCGUUCGGCCGAAAAUGUGAUUGCAAAGCAGUUGUCUAACUCCGUUGGUGAGCAGAGUAGGGAUGAUGUUCAGACUCUGGGUAUAUAUAAUACUGUAGUGAGCCAUCAGGAAGAUUCAAAAUCAUAAAGAAAGAAAGCAAGGAUCUAGACCGAAACAAUGGCAUCAUCACAACACUCACUCAUCGUGCAAGAAACCGGCAAGCCCGUGGUGAAAAUCACAAGACCUAUUCCUGUGCCCAAGGAAAACGAGAUUCUCAUUAAGACGACAUCUGCUGGGAUAAAUCCCCACGAUGCCAAAGUGCGAGACUGGAAUCUCUUUCAAUCUCCCAUUCCUAUAACCUUGUGCAACGAUGUCGCCGGUGUGAUCACCGCUAAAGGUGAUAAAGUCUCUAACUUCCAACUCGGCGAUCAUGUAUUCGGAUAUCCUAGUUUCGUGAUCGAUGCCCAGGGAUCUCAAGAAUAUGCACUUUUGGAAGUGGGUUGUUUUGCCAAAGUACCAGCGAAUAUUACGGAUGAUCAAGCGGCAACAUUUCCUGUAAAUCUAUUUGCUUCUGCGGUAUCAUUCUGGUCUGAAGAAGCUUUUGGAUUUCCAGCUCCGUGGGUAGAAGAUAAGACUUUCGAUGCUUCCUCCCAAGCUGUUGUGAUUCUCGGUGGCGGAACCAGCUGUGGAAAAUUCGCCGUGCAAGUUGCGAAAAUCAGUGGAUUUGGAAAAAUUGUUGUGGUUGCAUCGAAAUCAAACACCGAGGAAUUGAAAUCCUAUGGCGCAACCCAUGUUGUCGAUCGUCAUGGUACAGACUCGGAGGUCAAGGCCCGUGUGCAAGAAGUCGUCGGUGAUGAAAUCAUUUACGUGUAUGAUCCCAUCAACCUCGAGCAUUCAUUUGCCAUUUCUCUGUUAUCCGAGAAAAAGAGAGGGAAAAUCAUAACAUUGUUACGCAUAAAGCCAUCUUCUGGGAACUACGAUAUUGCUCAGACACUUGGGAGACCUCAAUUGCAUAUGGAUUUCUCCAAAGAAUUCUUCAAGCUAUUGCCUGGCUGGGUAGAGUCUGGAGAAAUCAAGCCGCUGGGCUUUAAAGUUUUGGAAGGGGGUUUGGAUGUAGAUGCGUUCAAUAAGAUAUUGGAUGAUCAUCGGGAUGGUAGGAAUCCUGGAAAAUGGCAUUUCCAUCCCAAUGAUGCUUGAAUUAUAGAUGAAGGAAUAUAUGAAUAGAGAGACUUGGGGUUAUUCCUAUCAAAGGACCCGCAGAUUCAACUCGUAUAGAAAUAGAAAUGUCCUUUUUCUUGAUACUACAUCAUUAAAUGAAG